AUGAAGAUCACAAAGGAGAAAAGAAAUAUCAGGUUCGAGUUGGAACUGGACAAAAUGAAAAAAAAAAAAAAAGAUAACAUAUUAAUACUAAAUAUUAUUAAUAGCAAAAUAAAUUAUAUCUGUUACAUUUUAAAAAGUGACUAUAGGGACAUGAUAAAUGACGUGAGCUACGAAAAUAAGUGCUCUCUUGAAACCUGCUUCUACUACUGCAAGGGUUACAUCACCUUCCUACUGCUCUACUACCCUUACCUACACAAUUAUUUGAAAUGCCUGCGAAGUAACAACCUCAGAAUAUACCGAAAUUUUUACAAGUACAUUUUAAAUCUGCCCAACAAUUUUUGUUCCCUCAUUUUUAAGUUAAAGAUUUUGGACGAACUGAAGAGAAAAGACGCACAAAACGUCUGCAAUGAUUAUUUCCAUGGGGGGGAUGUCCCCCUUGCCUCCCCUGCGCUGCUUCAGCUCACCAGGGCCAACUUCUUCGAUGCAUUUUCAAAAGACAGUUAUAUAAAAAUUUUAUUUUCUCGCAUUUACGUGAAGAAAUACCACAAGCGGAUUUUUAAGAUACUGAAAAUUGUCCUUUCUUAUCACUCCUUGCCGGUGUUUUCCUUUUCGCCCAAGUUUUUUCGAACCUACCAUAGGAGCAGAAAAAGGGGGGGAAAAAAUAUAUUUAAAAUAUCCCCCCCUGAGGGGAAGAAGAAGAAGGACCUCCAUAACAGAGUGCCAUUCAGAAGGAGGUACUUUAAGACGCCCCUUUUUAAACAUGUGGAGGUACCCACCAUCUACUUGGACGACUACGACAGUAGCAACAAAUUGCUGGUUAAAAAAAAACUGGUAAAAGUGAGGAAGAAAAAAAAAGGAGGAAACAAAGUAGAAGAUGCGUUUCUAUCAGACAACAGUGGAAGUGUGAGCAGUGAAAAGAGUCUAAGUUGUCUAAGCGACUCGGAAGAGGAAAGAGAAGUAAACGCCUUCUUGAGACAAGAGGUGACUGUCCCCCAGGGGGAGAGCGGUGGGAUACCUGCAACGCAUAGUAACGUUGGUGCGUCUGCUUUGGACGGGGGCAACCCCAACAAGAUAUGUACACAUCAGGAUAACAUCCAUUCUAUGGAAUCUGCCCCAAAUGAGCACCCAUCAGAUGCACCGAUGGAGGAAAGAAACAGCACCUUCCAGGCGUCUACCCCGAGAAAGGGUCAUUCCCCCGACAAACCAUGCAUAGAAGACAACUUCCUCCAAUUUGUGCGAAACGAAAGGAGGAAAAAUAAAUCACAAAAGGAGAUCGAAUGUACGUAUGGAAAUUACAUACUGAAGGACAUACAGAAGUAUCUAAGCGAGGAGAUGAAAACAGAACCGAAAAGGGAGAAGAAAAAAAAAUAUUUGCAUGAAGUGUGGAAGUACAAAAUCGAUUUUGACCAAACGGAUGAUAAUAAAAAUACGCUCAUACAUAAAGCUUGCUUAGUUUCCAAUGCAAAAAUAAUUUUUUUACUUUUACGUUUGAAUGUGAAUCUGAUGCUUUACAAUGACAAGUGUGAGUUGCCCGUGCACUGCACUUUGUACAAUUGCGACGCGUACCUUUUUCUCCUUCUGCUGCAUAAUACAGUCGAGUAUCUUUUUUUCUUUUACUUAAGCGCGUACGGUGGGGGAGGUCGAAGGGAGGGAAGAUCCCCAAAGGUGGGGGACGCAAAACAAGACGACCCAACGUUGAAGCGCGAGUUGGAGGAGGAAAAAGAGGCACAAGUGAAGCAGACCACAGUAAACCAGGAUAACACGAAAGUGACACACGCUAAGCAGACACCAGAGGAAUGCCCCACGGGGAAAACAAAAAAACGCCGCAUCAAAUACAUAAAGGAUGGCUUUUUUUACAACAAAAAAAUUAACACAGUUUUUGUCACCGCCGUUGUGAAGCUGUACUUAAGCAUAAUGGUGAAAAUUAUCGAAUUGGGGAAUUUCGAAUUUUUAAAAAUUUUAUACAAUUACAAUAAGAAGAUUUUUUGUUACAUUUUGCAUAGGAGAGACAUGUGUUACUUCCUCUGCUCCUUCGCUUCGAUGUACAACUGUAUGAAUGUGUUUGUGAGGCACUGCGAUGGGAUCUUGCGGUGUGAUGAAUGUGUGGGGGUGAGUAAAAAAAGGAAGAACGAUGAGGCUGUGCAAGGGGGAGAGCAUACCUUCACGGUGCGGAAAAACAGGCAUGGGGAGGGGACUACACAAGUGGAAGGUGCACAUAACGUGGAAGUAGUGCACCAUGUGGACAGUGGGCAAAUCGCCCUGGAGCCGAAUAGAAGAGUGAGGUGUUUCCCUGUGAAGAAGCGAAUCGAUCGGCGCAACGGAGUAGAAAUAUUUUACUCAAAUCAAUGUUCGAAGCACAUCUUCGUGCCAGAGCCGAGUGACCACCCUUACGUGAGGAACAAAAUUAAGACGAACAUCCCGGAAAACUCCAGCAGGUUAGAUGUCCUAAUAUCAGAUAAGCACGGCAUAUUAAAACUGAAUACGUUCGUUAACUUUAAGUUGAAAAAGGUGGAAAGGAAAGCAACUGCCAACGACAUUUUAAGGGUUCACGAUAUUUCGUACCUGAAAAUGUUACUUAGAAGGAUAAAGAGGUGCAAUUUAAAUGAAUACGAUGAUGUCAGUGCGUUCGAUAAUUUUUUGGAAAACACGAAAAAGAACAAGAAGAACUACCUUGCCCUGUCAUCAGACGAUUUGAAUGGAAGUGCAAGCUUUGCUGUGUCCGAUCAUAUGGAUGUUUUAAAGAGGAGCGAAAUUUUAAGUGGCGUUUGCGAGGAAGGGGCAAGCAAAUUUAUGGAAGGCUCCAAUGUGGACGCUCUAUGUGGGAAUAACACAAACAUGGAAGAGAGAGAAGUAGAAAUGCAAAAACAAAGUCCCAACGCAGAUAUGAAGGAAAACCCAGGAGGGGGUGCGCAAAGCAAAAAAUGGAACAGCGCAAAUAGUGGAAAGGAAAAAGUGGACAAAUUAAUUCUUCUGGAUAAUGACACCUUUGUCAAUAAGCACUCUUUUAACUGCGCAUUGAAUGCUAGUGGAGUGGUUUUAAAAGCAGUGGACUAUAUACACAGGAAGAGGAAGAAAAAGAAGAAGAUUUUUUGUGUUGUUAGACCUCCGGGUCAUCAUUUAGGAACUUACGGUGCUGCGCAAUUUAACCUAACGGAUGAAGACAGAGCAGCAGGAAGUCAAGGGUUCUGUUUGUUGAAUAAUAUAGCCAUCGGAAUGUCCUACGCAAAAUAUAAAUACGAAAAGUUCAAACGGAUCGCUGUAAUCGACUUUGAUAUCCACCACGGAAAUGGAACGGAACAGAUUAUUCGAAAUUUGGGAUUAAAAAAAAUCAGAAUUAAUGAGUACGUGGAUAUAUAUAGUUGGAAAGGAUGGAAGGAUAAGGAUGACAGGAAGAACGUUUUCUUCAGUUCUAUUCACGCAUUUGAUGGGUAUUUUUACCCUGGAACAGGAAAUGACACAGUGGAGUUGGAACCUUACAUUAUUAAUGUAACUUUGAAAAAAAAUAUGAACGAACAGAAUUUUCUGGAAUUAUUUCACGACAAUAUAUUAAUUCAUUUGUUUCAUUUCCGACCAAAUUUACUUUUCCUAUCUGCUGGGUUUGAUGGACAUAAACUCGACUUUGUGAAUAAUGGCUUUGUGAAGAAAAACACGUCCACCUAUUUUCAUAUGACAAACUUGAUUCUGUCUCUCCAGAAUGAGCUGCGCUUUCCCAUUAUUAGCGUCCUGGAAGGAGGGUACAACACGUCCAAUGACAUGGCCUCCGUUUUUAGCUUGUCCGUUUUGGAGCACCUGCUUUCGUUCUACUACAACGAUGCGGUGUUUGUGGGGGGGCACAGGAAAGGUCACUUUGCUGAAUACGCUGGAAUGGCAAAUCAGGUGAACAGAAAUCCCGUAACCACGACUACAACCACCAAACAGUGUACCAAACGAGGAAUUUUGAAAUUCCCCCAUAUCUGCGUCGGGAAGAGAAAAAUGGAUGCCAUGUUUAAAAAAUAUUUUACCCUUUUUAAGGAGAAGACGAGAGAAACCGAAAAUUUGAACUUAACGAAAUGUGUGAGGGAUUAUGAAAAUUAUUUGAAGCAAUUUGAUGAGAAAGAAAAUGGAGUGAAAAAGAAAGUCAACUCUUUUCUCUCUAAACAUAGGAGAUAUUUUGAUAGUUUGCUCUACCAACGGCGGGCUUCACAUUUUUGCAACCUGGGACAGAUUUCCCUCCCAUUUGAGGAAUACUUUUACCGAGUUAUGCGUCAUUUUAAGAUUUUCCUCGAAGGGAGUGAAGUCGCCAAAAUGGGUGGGAGGGAGCUGUCCGCCAACUCGAGGGAGUUCUUCUCCCUGCUGAACAACCCGUCAGACUUGCCCGAUUUGCACGCGGCUGAUAUUCAGCGGCACCCCGAGACACGAUUUGAAGUGACUAACUUGUGGGAACCCAGCCGCAGUUGA